CAAUCUUAUACCCUCAUUCCAACUCCAAUUGCAAGGCCUUCUUCUUUCACAACUUCAUCUCUUCGUUCUCUACUCUGCGCAACCAAACUGGGUGUUGCUCGCUAGUCUCUCUUUACUGUUAGCAUCCGCUCGCUGCUUACUACUCCACUCGAUUGUACUUGUACAACGAAACCCUCGCUAACCCGCAUUCCUUGUCUCCCAAUCAAUCAGACCCGACUCCGCACCGAGUGGCUGGAUCCGCCCGACCGCCGACCCAAGCUUCCGCUAGCCUGCCGCCACCUUCACGUGAGCGACAACGUCGUUGGAAUCCAUGGCGGGGAACUGGUUUACGUCUCCCUUUCUACCGCUGACCUCGGGGUUUGGAGCCUCUGCCUCAGCCUACAAGAAGAGGAAGACGGAGAGUGGGAGUCGGUCUGAGUCUGAGUCUGGAACCAAUACGGUCACUACGGAUACGCAGAGUGCUCCUGCUGCUGCUACAGAGAAGAAGGCCAUGGCGAAGAAGAAGGGGAAGGGCAGUGGAGGGGCAAAGGCGAAGGAGAGUGCGGAGGUACGGGAUGGGCUUGCGGAGGAGAUGGCUGCGCCGAAUGAUGACGAGUGGUAUGACACGGCGACUGCAUCCGAAGAUGGCACUCCUUCCAAGGCCAAAGUUGUUCCGGAAUAUCUGAGUGAAGAACAGCUCCUCAAGUACAUGCCCCCUCUCCUCAGCACCAACCUCCCCCCAUGCAGUGCCCAUGUUCAAGUCGCGUACGAACUGGUCGUCACCCGCCUCCGCGACCUCUGGCUUCAGUCCGGCGGCCACGCGCGCCUUACCGAUCUCUGCGAGCAGCACCUGCGCGACAUCCUUAAGGUGAAUCGCCGCACGGGAAAGUCGCCGUAUAGGCAACGCUCCCCGUGGAGUCGCGACUUGGUCUUCAAGUACCAGCAAUCCUGGGCCGAGUAUUUCUUAAGGGAGGCGGAGGCGCAAGCUCCGCAGCUCAUGACGGAGAGCGAGUUGCUGAGUAGACUGCCCAUUGUCCCGCCCGAGUUGGCGUUUCAGAAGGUGCCCGAGUAUGUCGUGGAGCUUUGGAGGAGAUGGAACGAGGGCAAGAGGAUGCGUGCACCCAGGGUGCCAGGGGUAGGGGCGAAGGAGCAUGAGGGCGAGGGCGAGGGAGCCAGGAAUGAGUGGCAUGAGGAGCGGAAUGAGGAGGAGACUACGGUCGAUGACGACGACGUGGAGGAAAUGGAGGAGGAAUUGGAGACGAGGAUGCAUGUCGAUGUCGCUGCGGGCGGGAGGAGUCGGGAGAACGACGCACAUAUGUGGUCGGAGGGCGGCCAUGACUAGAAGGGUGUGAGCGCGCAUCCGGAUGAGCUUUUGUCUUAAGGCUCGCCUUGUCCAAGAAGGAAAAGGAAAAGGAAUCAAGUCUCUUGGGUGUUUAUGGACGGAUUGGGGGUUCCUUCGUUUAUCAGAUACCCUCUUCAUGGUAGUGGAAUGGCA